CAGGGCGCAGGGGCUGGACCCGGCGCGGAGCUAGCUGAGCCGGAGCGCAGCGUCCUUUGUGCCGCGCGACCGCCCCGGGAUGCGUCCGAGCUAGGAGCCAGAUCCAGGAUGGGGGCCACGUUUGUCUGGGCCUUGGGCCUUUUGAUGCCGCAGAUGCUGCUCUUUGUGGCUGGGGAACAGGGCACACAGGAUAUCGCCGAUGCCAGCGAAAGGGGGCUCCACAUGCAGAAGCUGGGGUCUGGGUCCGUGCGGGCUGCGCUGGCGGAGCUGGUGGCCCUGCCCUGUCUCUUUACCCUGCAGCCACGGCCAAGCGCAGCCCGAGAUGCCCCUCGGAUAAAGUGGACCAAGGUGCGGACUGCAUCGGGCCAGCGACAGGAUUUGCCCAUCCUGGUGGCCAAGGACAACGUCGUGAGGGUGGCCAAAAGCUGGCAGGGACGAGUGUCACUACCUGCCUACCCCCGGCGCCGAGUCAACGCCACGCUACUUCUGGGGCCGCUGAGGGCCAGUGAUUCUGGGCUCUACCGCUGCCAGGUGGUGAGGGGCAUCGAGGAUGAGCAAGACCUGGUGCCCUUGGAGGUGACAGGUGUUGUGUUCCACUACCGGGCAGCCCAGGACCGCUAUGCACUGACCUUCGCUGAGGCCCAGGAGGCCUGCCAUCUCAGCUCAGCCAUCAUUGCAGCCCCUCGGCAUCUACAGGCUGCCUUCGAGGAUGGCUUUGACAACUGUGAUGCCGGCUGGCUCUCUGACCGCACUGUUCGGUAUCCUAUCACCCAGUCCCGUCCUGGUUGCUAUGGUGACCGUAGCAGCCUUCCAGGGGUUCGGAGCUAUGGGAGGCGCAACCCACAGGAACUCUACGAUGUGUAUUGCUUUGCCCGGGAGCUAGGGGGAGAGGUCUUCUACGUGGGCCCGGCCCGCCGCCUGACACUGGCUGGCGCGCGUGCACAGUGCCGCCGCCAGGGUGCCGCGCUGGCCUCGGUGGGACAGCUGCACCUGGCCUGGCAUGAGGGCCUGGACCAGUGCGACCCGGGCUGGCUGGCCGACGGCAGCGUGCGCUACCCGAUCCAGACGCCGCGCCGGCGCUGCGGGGGCCCAGCCCCGGGCGUGCGCACCGUCUACCGCUUCGCUAACCGGACUGGCUUUCCUUCGCCCGCCGCGCGCUUCGACGCCUACUGCUUCCGAGCUCAUCACCCCACAUCACAACAUGGAGACCUAGAGACCCCAUCCUCUGGGGAUGAGGGGGAGAUUCUGUCAGCAGAGGGGCCCCCAGUUAGAGAACUGGAGCCCACCCUGGAGGAGGAAGAGGUGGUCACCCCUGACUUCCAGGAGCCUCUGGUGUCCAGUGGGGAAGAAGAACCCCUGAUCUUGGCGGAGAAGCAGGAAUCUCAACAGACACUCAGCCCUACCCCUGGGGACCCCAUGCUGGCCUCAUGGCCCACUGGGGAAGUGUGGCUAAGCACAGUGGCCCCCAGCCCUAGUGACAUGGGGGCAGGCACUACAGCAAGUUCACACACGGAGGUGGCCCCAACUGACCCUACGGCUAGGAGGAGGGGGCGCUUCAAAGGGUUGAAUGGGCGCUACUUCCAGCAGCAGGACCCGGAGCCAGGGCUGCAAGAGGGGAUGGAGGCCAGCGCCCAGCCCCCAACCUCAGGGGCUGUGGGGAACCAAGUGGAGCCUCCGCUGGCCAUGGCAGUCACAGAGAUGUUGGGCGGUGGCCACAGCCAGAGCCCCUGGGCUGAUCUGACCAAUGAGGUGGAUAUGCCUGGAGCUGGUUCUGCUGGUGGCAAGAGCUCCCCAGAGCCCUGGCUGUGGCCCCCGACCAUGGUCCCACCCAGCAUCUCAGGCCACAGCAGGGCCCCUGUCCCGGAGUUAGAGAAAGCCGAGGGCCCCAGUGCCAGGCCAGCCACCCCAGACCUGUUUUGGUCCCCCUUGGAGGCCACCGUCUCAGCUCCCAGCCCUGCCCCCUGGGAGGCAUCCCCCUUGGCCACCUCCCCAGAUCUCCCUAUGAUGGCCAUGCUGCGUGGUCCCAAACAGUGGAUGCUACCACACCCCACCUCCGUCUCCACUGAGGCCAGUAGAGUUGAGGGACAUGGUGAGGCCACGGCCACGGCUCCACCUUCCCCUGCUGCAGAGACCAAGGUGUAUUCCCUGCCUCCCUUUUCGACCCCGACAGGACAGGGUGGAGAGGCCAUGCCCACAACACCUGAGUCCCCCAGGGCAGACUUCAGAGAAAUUGGGGAGACCAGCCUUGCUCAGGUCCACAAAGUUGAACACCCCAGCUCCAGCCCAUGGCCUUCUGUAAACAGGAAUGUGGCUGUAGGUUUUGUCCCCACUGAGACUGCCACGGAGCUAACGGGCCUCAGGGGCAUCUCGGGGUCUGAGUCUGGGGUCUUCGACACAGCAGAAAGCCCCACUUCUGGCUUGCAGGCCACUGUAGAUGAGGUACAGGACCCCUGGCCCUCAGUGUACAGCAAAGGUCCGGGUGCAAGCUCCCCAUCUGCCCCCUCGGGAAGCCCUGGACUCUUCUUGGUACCCAAAGUCACCCCGAGUUUGGAGCCUUGGGUUGCUACAGAUGAAGGACCCACUGUGAAUCCCAAGGAUUCCACAGUCACGCCAGCCCCCAGUGAUGCUAGUGGAAUUUGGGAACCUGGAUCCCAGUCGUUUGAAGAAGCUGAAAGCACCACCUUGAGCCCUCAGGUGGCCCUGGAUACAAGCGUUGUGACGUCCCUCACGACCGAGCAGGGGGACAAGGUUGGAGUUCCAGCCGUGUCUACACUGGCCUCCUCAAGCUCCCAACCCCACCCAGAGCCAGAGGAUCAGGUGGAGACCCAGGGAACAUCAGGAACUUCAGCGCCUCCUCAUCAGAGCAGCCCCCUGGGGAAACCGGCUGUUCCUCCUGGGACACCGACUGCAGCCAGCGUGGGCGAGUCUGCCUUAGUUUCCUCAGGGGAGCCUACGGUACCGUGGGACCCCUCCAGCACCCUGCUGCCUGUCACCCUGGGCAUAGAGGACUUCAAACUGGAGGUCCUGGCAGGGAGUCCAGGCAUAGAGAGCUUCUGGGAGGAGGUGGCAAGUGGAGAGGAGCCAGCCCUGUCAGGGACCCCUACGAAUGAGGGUGCGGAGGAGGCGCACUCAGAUCCCUGUGAGAACAACCCUUGUCUUCAUGGAGGGACAUGUAAUGCCAAUGGCACCAUGUAUGGCUGUAGCUGUGAUCAGGGCUUCGCCGGAGAGAACUGUGAGAUUGACAUUGAUGACUGCCUCUGCAGCCCCUGUGAGAAUGGAGGCACCUGUAUCGAUGAGGUCAACGGCUUUGUCUGCCUUUGCCUCCCCAGCUAUGGGGGCAGCCUUUGUGAGAAAGACACCGAGGGCUGUGACCGCGGCUGGCACAAGUUCCAGGGCCACUGUUACCGCUAUUUUGCCCACCGGAGGGCGUGGGAAGAUGCCGAGAGGGACUGCCGCCGCCGCUCCGGCCACCUGACCAGCGUCCACUCACCAGAGGAGCACAGCUUCAUUAAUAUAUUCCUGCAGCAAUUCGAGAACUGGCGAGAGAACCAGCCGGACAAUUUCUUUGCGGGUGGCGAGGACUGUGUGGUGAUGGUGGCACAUGAAAGCGGGCGCUGGAACGAUGUCCCCUGCAACUACAACCUACCCUAUGUCUGCAAGAAGGGCACAGUGCUCUGUGGUCCCCCUCCAGCAGUGGAGAAUGCCUCACUCAUCGGUACCCGCAAGGCCAAGUACAAUGUCCAUGCCACUGUAAGGUACCAGUGCAAUGAAGGAUUUGCCCAGCACCAUGUGGCCACCAUUCGAUGCCGGAGCAAUGGCAAGUGGGACAGGCCCCAAAUUGUCUGCACCAAACCCAGACGUUCACAUCGGAUGCGGCGACACCACCACCACCACCAACACCACCACCAGCAUCACCACCACAAAUCCCACAAGGAGCGCAGAAAACACAAGAAACACCCAACGGAGGACUGGGAGAAGGAUGAAGGAAAUUUCUGCUGAAGAACCAGAAAAAAAGAAAGCACAACACCUUUCCCACGCCUCCUCUGGAACCUUCCCCAUGCCUCCUCUGGAACCUUCCCCUGGGGAGACAGAACCCAGAGAAACAAGAGAGUCCAGAAGUCCCCGAACCCCAAACCACAUCCCCCUACACAUAAUCCUUUGUACAAAGCUCCUCUUCCCUUUUUUUACAUGCGCAAGAUCCUCUUGGCAGGUGGA